CCUUCAUAGAAGCAAGGUAUAAAAGUGAAAUGUCAAAAUAGAAUCUGCGCUAGAACCUUAUAACUCUGUAACGAAAAGACGUUCAGCCUUCAGCCAUUAUGUUCUCUGGAGUGGUGAUAUUCAGUACAGUCACCAUGCUGGUAUACUCAUUUCCACAAGAAAGUAUGGAUAGAGCUACAAAGUCCUUGCAAAAAAACCCCACAAACUUGCUUUCUCAAGACACUGGACAAUACUCAAAGCAAAGACAAGAAAAUAUAAAUGACACACCAAUGCAUCUGCAGUUCAUAUUCAGCAAAGAAAAUGAAAGCUCCAAAGGUAAUGAAGAUUAUUACAAAUAUAACAUUAGUUCACUAUUAUACCAACAGACUUCACUGAACAUCAAUCAGAGUUCUAAUGUGUAUAAUGCUGAAGGGUCAGAAACAGUUCAAAAUAUAGAAAAAAAAAACCAAGAAAAUAACUCUGGUAUAAGCAAUGAGAAAGCUUUCCUGCAUAACGAGGACCUGAAAAAGUCACUAAAUAAGCACGAAGCAUCAACGACUGCUGGCAUACUUCCAAAAAUUUUGCUUGAUUUUCUUCAACCUAUAUUUGCAUUUCCAGAAUUAAAUGAGAAAUGUAAUAAACAAAGAGUUAAUUCCCCACAAAAGAAUCCUUACAGUACAAAUCCAUCUUUAAAAACCCAAAGGAGACAUUCACUGACAGCAGGACCAUCGCUGUAUGUAGAAUCAAGGUUUAUCAGAGAUUUUGAUACACCAUUUUUUGAAUGAAACUCAAUAUUUAACAUUAAAUCGGGAUUUCUACAAUACAUAAAAGUUGUACAUUCCCUCUAUAAUAAAGAUUUUGAUUUCCAA